AUGGCCACGUCCGUGACAGAACCACUAUUGGCUACCAUUGAACCAGAUGAACUAGCUCCUGCCGCUGCUCCUGCUCCUACGGGGAACAUUUCUUCAAAUUCAAAUGCUAGAGCGUCUGUAGUACUCACACCUACAAACCGCGCAGCUACAAGUACAACGCCAGGCGACUUAGAGGCUGGGAUUGCCGGCAUAUUCAGACAGGGGCCAUCGUUAUCUACCUAUUGGGAGGCUUCUUCACCGACGAUUAUGUGCUAUCAGUGCGUCUACCCUAUCACACCCGAGUAUCAUCUAUUCUUAAUGAUCCUACAGACAGUCCUAGUAGUGAACGUGGCGGGCCGAACUCUAGUUGGAUUACGGUUCUGGAACCAAGUUGACGAAGACGGACAGAGUUACUGGGUAUUCGAGUCUCGAGACGUAAGAGGUCUUCAAAUUCAGGCGACAAACAUACUUAUUAUAUAUCAGCCAUCAAGACCAGCAAACCCCAUUGACUCCAGUAUUAUGGGUGCUGAUUUUCAUCCUCUCAAUCCUCAAGCUAAACUUCUUGUUAUUUGCUCUCCAGUCGGACCAUACUUCUCGACAGGGUUCAAACCAGUCGCUCUACUUGGUACAACUGAAUACACCCGCGCCGCUCCAGGUGGAACUGGAGGCUAUAAGCUUGGUGCAAACUAUUCGCCUGGCAUUGUACCACAGAAAGAGGCGGCCAAACUUGGUUAUAGCCAGAACUUAUGGCUAGUUGGUCCAGAACAUCACUUGACUGAGGUAGGAACCAUGAACCUAUUUGUCGUACUGCGAAGGGAUGAUGGCGCCGUUGAGCUUGUGACCCCUCCUCUGGAUGAUCUUAUCCUACCUGGUGUUACGAGAGAUUCCGUCCUGGUACUCGCUAGGGAGCAUGCAUCAAAGAAGAACCCCAUCUCAGGUUUACCAGAUAAUUUGGUAGUUUCCGAGCGCCCAAUUAGUAUGAAGGAAGUCAAUGAGAAGGCCAAAUCAGGUAAUUUACUGGAGAUAUUUGGCACAGGUUACCUGGGAGAGGAUAUUAAUGUUCCCGUAGGAAAUAAGGGCAUUGGUGAUGUAGCCAAUGGCUUCUUGCAGGAGAUCGUCGGAAGACAAAUGGGUACCAUCCCAAGUGAAUGGA